AUGGCUCUGUCCCUGGCCGGAGAGCCGGUCCCCGGAGACGGCGGAGACUCGCUCGGGAUGAGCCCAGCCGGCCUCGCCUCCUACUACCCUUCUUUCCUCCCUGCCGCCCAUUACUUCGAGACAGCUCCCGACUUCUUCCAGCCCCUGAAGCCCCUGGGCGGGCUGGUCUCCUCCGAGCCGUCUCUGCCUCCCUUCACUUUCAGCAGGGUCCCCGCUUUUCUGAGCCAGCCUCCCCCACCGGGGGCCCCGGGGUCGCUCUCGCCCUACCCGAGCCCCCCGCACAGGGCUGCCCGCAGCCCGGGGGCAGACGGGGCGGCGGGGCACAGCUACAGGUACCACUUCACCGAGGAGGAGCUCAACGCGGUGCUCUACGGGACACUCCGGAGCAGCCAGUCCACCGGGAGCCUCCACGCCAUCUCGGGGCUCCGGGUGUCCCCCGCCAGCUCGGCUGCGGACUCCGCCGCCCCGCUGCUCGACCGGGACUCGCUGCAGCUGCCCGCAGGGCUCUCGGUGCUCCGGGUGGCCUACGGGGACGUGUCCCAGCUCGGAGUCUUCUGUACGGACCCAAUCCCGAAAGGAGUCCGCUUCGGCCCCUUCCAAGGCAAAGUGGUCAACACGAGCGAGAUCAAGACUUACGACGACAACUCGCUGAUGUGGGAGAUCUUUGAAUACGGUGGCUUGAGCCACUUUAUAGACGGGAAAGGGGCCGCUGGCAACUGGAUGUCUCUGGUGAACUGUGCCAGGUUCCCCGAGGAGCAGAAUUUGACGGCUAUCCAGUGCCAGGGACAAAUCUUCUACGAGAGCUGCAAGGAAAUCUUCCCGAAGCAGGAGCUGUUGGUGUGGUACGGCGAUUGCUACGUGCAAUUUCUGGGCAUCCCCAUCAGCUUGAAGGGCAUGGUGGAGGGGAAGAAACCCCCGCAGCACCCCGAAGAAGCCGGGGAGAGCUUCAAGUGUGAGCGCUGCGGCAAAGUUUUUGCCUACAAGUACUACCGGGACAAACACCUCAAGUACACCCGCUGCGUGGACCAGGGGGACCGCAAAUUUCCUUGUCACCUUUGUGACCGAUCCUUUGAAAAAAGAGACAGGCUGAGGAUCCAUAUUCUCCACGUUCACGAGAAGCACAGACCUCACAAGUGCUCUGUAUGUGGGAAGAGUUUUUCUCAAUCCUCCAGCCUGAACAAGCACAUGAGGGUUCACUCUGGGGAGCGCCCCUACAAAUGUGUCUACUGCAACAAGGCAUUCACAGCAUCCAGCAUCCUGCGCACUCACAUCCGCCAGCACUCGGGGGAGAAGCCCUUCAAGUGCAAGCACUGUGGCAAAGCCUUCGCCUCGCACGCCGCCCACGACAGCCACGUGCGGCGCACGCACAGCAAGGACAAGGGCUGCACGUGCUCCGUGUGCGGCCAGCACUUCCCCGAGCAGGAGGAUUGCAACUUCCACAUGAAGAUCCACGCUGCUCAUUAG